GUUUCAGAAAUGGAGUUUGCCACAACAGUAUACCAAAGUGUUUGUAAAACUGCUAGCGAUUGGUUUCAUUACCGUCUUCCAAAACCUUUGCUGGAAAAAAGAUCAGUUACAUUUUCUUGGAAAGAGGAACUUGAGGAAGGAGCUGUUGAACAAAUUAAAGUCUAUUGUAGUCAUUAUGAGAAAAUUCAAAAAUUCAAUUCUGUGAUUUUGCAAACAUUUGAAAAUUGUGCCCUUGAAGCUAUUGAUUCAGCAUACCAGAAACAACAGAAUCUGCUUGAGUUGAUAUCUAAAUAUGAUAGGAACAAGCUGGGUAAAAUUAUAUCUGCUGCCAUCAUAAAAUCCUGGCCAAAGGAUGAUAUGGGGACGCCUUUGAAAGACUUUCAAAGUAUACUAAAGCAUCUGUUUGAAUGUCAGGACAGCAGAUACCUGUUCGUUUUCAAUCAUGCAGAAGAAAACACUCUAAACCAAUUUACUGAUGAAGCUCGAUCGUUAAUGACCCUUGCUGAAUCUUCGUUUCAAAAUGCUGCUAAUGAACUCGUAACAGGCCAUAUUCUGAUUAAGGAUUUGGAGCUAAUUAUAAAAUAUAAGACACAAUUCAUAAAAUGCACAGAACAGUCACUCCCAAAUGAAUUACUUGAAGGACUGAAAUUAGCAAAAGUUUUAUAUCUGAGACGACAGGAAGUAUUGCAUGUGAAGAAGGAGCAAAAAUCCUUGGGAGUCCUUUUGGAUAUGUUGAGGAAGGUUCAGUGCCAUUUAAAAGUUGAUUUAACUGAAGUGGAACAAAAGCACAGCGGAAAUCUGUCACUGAAAACUUUGGAUGCUGUUGUGAAAGUGAGAAAACCCACUUCAUGCAGUGAUGGUGGAAUAGAGACCUCUCUCCAUUUAAGUGAAGAUCUGAAAGUUGUAUCUAAAUGUGUGUAUGAUUAUAAAGAUAACCACAUUUUCCUGCAUUGCUGGGAGCAGGCAGCCAAGAGGCUGAUGAACAACAUGCAGGAUUCAGACACUGAACAAACUCUAGAUAUGGAGGAAGUCUAUGAUUGCUUAUUUAAUCCUUGUUACAAGGAGUUCCAAAGGAUUUAUGACAGCUUGAAAUUGGGAGACCUCACAUUUGCUGAAGUGAAUGUUCUCUUCAAAGAUUUUAAUAAUCAUUAUGAAGAACUCAGAUGUGAUUUCCAAAGUAUGCGCCAACUGCAGUAUCAAGAUAAUGGAGAAUGGAUAGAUGAACGGAUCCAGCAGAUCCAACAGUAUCAUGAAUUGGAUUUGGCAUUGGAUUCUGCUAAAGUUAUCGACAAAGUCAAGGAAGUUUUGAAACUUAAUGGUAAUUUCGGGGUCCUGCAACAAUUGCUGAACUUAACAAUUGAAUUCCAGUCCUUUCAAGAAGAAAAGCUUUCUUCUAUGAGCUCUUCAUUGAUGGAUGCUAAGAAACUGCUGCAAGAUAUUACUAAAAAACGUCGUCUGUGCCUUGAAGAGCUGGCACUUAGGAAGGAGUUCGUUAACUGGGUCAAAGAGGCUUUGGAAGACAAAAAUGAGCUGAAAGUGUUUGUGGAGCUGGCUUCAAUAUCUGCAGGAGAGAAUGACAUGGAUGUGGAUCGUGUGGCUUGUUUCCAUGAUGCUGUGUUUGGCUACUCUUCCCUGCUGUAUGAUUUAAAGCAAGAGGCAGGAUUUGAGGAAUUCAUGAAGUGUUUGGAGAAUAUAUGGAAAGCUCUGGAAAGUGAUCACAACCUCCCCACGAAGCUGCGUGAUUCUGCAAGAUACUUGGAUUGGUUAAAAACUAUCAAAGAGAGUCAUGGCUCUGUGGAGUUGUCUUCUAUAUCCCUGGCAACCAGAAUCAAUGAGAAAGGAAUCUACAGAAUUAAGGCCCCAGUGGAGGGACAGAAGGUUUGCCUGGACACUAUUCUGGACCUGACCAUCCAAGAAAGUCACGGGGACCAAGAGAAUCGGACGUAUUCUCUGGAAGAGCUUCAAGAACUGAUGAACAAGUUGAUGUUGAUGUCUGGAAAAGAAGAACAAAGUGCACAAGUGGAGAAAUUUUCUGAAGUAUUUUCCAACAUUCGGAGAUUCGCAUUGUCCUUCAUGAACCUUUAUUCUGCUGGAAACAUGCUUUUCCGUAACUGGAUUGCUAACAUAUAUUGCUCACCUGAGCGUCGGUUUUGCAUUAAUAUGAACUUUAAUUUAAAUUCCAUCUGUGGGCUUUGUGGAAGUGGAGAUGUGGCAAAGGUUCUGCCAGCCAUGUGCAGGAAGAUGGAGAGUUUUCUGGAGAGGUGGAAUCAGUUCAUGUCUGAGAAGCGAUCCCAGUAUUUUUAUCUGAAUUAUUACAUGGCUGAACAGCUUGUAUAUUUAUGCAAGGAGCUUGGUUCAGGGAAACCCAGUGAGUCUGCCUUAAUGAUGCUGUCUUUCAUAAAACACAACUGCAGUAGACAAGAUAUUGAAGAAGUCUCCAAACUAGUGGUAUCUGAAAUACCAAAUAGUUUUGAUGUAACAUAUGGACACCAGGCAAGUAGAAGAGAGGUGACUGAACACCUGGAGGAAAUCUGGGGGUCCUACAUGGAAAACAUGGGUUUAUUUCUUCCACACUGCUUUGAUUUUGAAACUCUUGGUAGAUUCCUAUCUACUUUGGCAGAUUUAGAGAGAAGGAAUGUUGAACGAAUAUUACCACAAGGUCUUCAUUCUAGACAGCCCAACCUCAUUCUUUGCCAUCGCUCUGAAAUUUUGGUUUCUACAAUUUCCAUCUAUAUGAACAAUCCAGAAGAGACGCUACCCUCUUAUGAUGAAGUCUUAUUGUGUACACCACAAACCAGCUUCGAGCAAGUGGAAUUGUUUAUGAGGCGAUGCCUUACUCCAAACAAGAAAGAAAAGAAGAUUUAUACCUUACUCUUUGCAGAUGAGUUGAGUUACGAUGUUGGCUAUAAGUUAGAGGAACUAUACCAAAAGCUACUUUUAAAACAUACCAGUGACUAUCAAUUAGUGAUGUUCUGCAACUGUGAGAGAGAAGACCGCUAUAUCCCCUCUGUUUUUAGUAAUUUCAUCAUUCACAUGACCCCUCUUCGACCCCCAAAAGACAUCCAAAGUUACCUUGGGAAGCAUUACAAAGCCACUGAGCUUGGAAAUUUAUCAACUUCCAUAUUCAAGAAUAACAUGUGUGUUGGGAUUGUAUCUUCUGAAAGAGCUGGAAUGGGAAAGUCUCUCUAUAUAAAGAGGCUGCAUCAAAAAAUGAAAGAGCAAGUGCAAGGACACAGAGUUCUUUUAAGAACCAUUCGGCUGACUGAUCCUCAUGUGAAUGAAAGAAAAAUCCUGAAUUCUCUGUUUCUACUCCUGGACCAAAAGUCCCAGAAACGGCCUAUGAUUCUGCAUUUUGAUAUUACUUCUUCUGUUCAGACUGGAAUUUCAGAAUUUUUGUUCAAGCUCUUCAUCUUACGGUAUCUGGAAAAUACAGAUGGGAAAAUUUGGCUCCGGAAACAGUGCCACCUCUAUGUUGCAGAAAUUCUGCAACCGUCCCCCUCACCCAAAAAACAAAAAGGAUCUGUAAGUACAUCCAGAGGGUUGAACUAUAGUUUCCUUGAUGUAUUCCCCCAAGUAACUUGCAGAUCUCCUAAAGAAGUACUGGACAACGAUAUUCAGAAUUUAUUUCAUGACAGCAGUGAUCCUGGAGUAGAUCAAGAAAUGUUCUGUAGUGAAGCUUUUCAGAGACCAUUCCAGUAUUUGAUAAGAGAAAACAGAGGUGAAAAUCUUGAUGCGUUCCGGUAUAGAAAAGGCUCAGUGGAAGGGACUCCAGGAGAAUGCCUACAGCUGUUCUUGAUCUACUGUGGAGUGAUUGAUCCUUCUUGGUCAGAACUUAGAAACUUUGCUUGGUUUCUUAACCUUCAGCUGAGAAAUUGUGAAACCUCUGUUUUCUGUAAUGCUGAAUUUGUCCAGGACACUUUGCAGGGCUUUAAAAAUUUUGUGGUCAAAUUUAUGAUUUUAAUGGCAAAGGAUUUUGCAACUCCUUCACUUAACAUUUCUGAUGAAAGCCCUGGAAUGCAAGAUUUCGGAGAAGUUACUGAGGAAGCUCUUGCUCCAUUUUUGCUUCGGAAAAAGUGGGAAUCUGAACCCCAUCCAUACAUAUUCUUCAAUGCGGACCGUGUAUCUAUGACUUUCAUUGGUUUUCAUCUCCAGCACAAUAUCAAUGGCAGCAUUGAUGCCAUCAAUCCUUUGAAUGGCAAUAUUAUCAAGAGAAAUGUCAUGACCCCUCAGCUGUACACGGGAUUAGUUCUUCAAAAAGUUCCAUUCAAUAUUAAUUUUGAUGCAUUGACCAGAGCUCAGAAAAUUGAGAAACUUUGCAUGGUCUUGGGGAUCGAGUGGCCAACCGAUCCUGAUGAAACUUAUGAACUUACCACAGACAAUAUACUAAAAAUGCUAGCCAUUGAAAUGAGAUUUAGGUGUGGAAUUCCUGUUGUCCUGAUGGGAGAAACUGGCUGUGGAAAAACCAGGCUUAUAAAAUACCUAUGUGAACUGCGUAAGAUUGGUGUCAAUGCUGAUAAUAUGAAGCUUGUCAAAGUUCAUGGAGGUACCACAGCAGAUGCGAUCUAUUCUAAAGUGAGGGAAGCUGAAGAUAUGGCAGGAUACAAUAAGUCGAAUUAUCAGUUUGACACCAUUUUAUUUUUUGAUGAAGCCAACACCACAGAAGCUGUCAGCUGCAUCAAGGAAGUGUUAUGUGACCACACAAUAGAAGGACAGCCUUUACUGCCCGGCUCAGGUUUACAGAUCAUAGCUACCCUUCACCCUCUCUUAGAAGAUGGUUGCAUUGAUGAUGAUCCACUUCCUCACAAAAAGGUUGGCUUUGUUGGGAUAUCUAACUGGGCUCUAGAUCCAGCUAAGAUGAAUCGAGGCAUCUUUGUAUCCCGUGGAGACCUGAAUAAAAAUGAACUCAUAGAAAGUGCAAAAGGUAUUUGCUCUUCAGAACGUUUUGUGCUACAAAGAGUUGAGCGUUUCUUUCCUAUCUUUGCAAACGCAUAUGAAGAAAUUUGUAAGAAACAAAUUAAGGAAUUUUUUGGAUUGCGUGACUAUUACAGUCUUGUAAAAAUGCUUUUUGCUUUGACAAAUAAUUCCAAAAGCAUUCCAGGUCCCCGUAAAAUAGCAGAGGUAGUUCUCCGAAAUUUCAGUGGCAAAGAAGGUGUUGAAGUCUUGGAUACUUUUAUGUCUAAGAUUCCGGAAGGAGGAGAUGCAAAUUAUAAGGAUAUCAGUACAAUUGAUUUAGUUGAGCAGAACAUUUAUAGCGAUUACCAGGAUGGUGAAUGCCGAUAUCUGUUAGUAUUAACAGAAAAUUAUGCAGCGCUUCAGAUUCUCCAACAGUGUUUCUUCAGAGAUGUUCAACCAGAAAUUAUUUUUGGUUCUAGCUUUCCCAAAGAUCAAGAAUACACUCAGAUUUGCAGGAACAUAAACCGAGUAAAAAUUUGCAUGGAGACUGGGAAGAUGGUUGUUCUUCUCAACCUACAAAACCUUUAUGAGAGCCUCUACGAUGCCCUCAAUCAGUAUUAUGUCCAACUUGCUGGUCAAAAAUAUGUUGACUUAGGUUUGGGGACCCAUCGAGUGAAAUGCAGAGUACAUCCCAAAUUUCGACUGAUUGUCAUCGAGGAGAAAGAGGUGGUGUACAAACAGUUUCCCAUCCCACUGAUUAACCGACUUGAAAAACACUAUCUGGAUAUUAAUACCGUACUGAACAAGUGGCAAAAGAACAUUGUGGAAGACCUGAAGAAAUGGGUGGAUGACUUUGUAGCAGUUAAAACUGAGAAAUAUUUUAUGGGUCAACAAACAUACACACCUUCUGAUGUUUUCAUUGGCUACCAUUCAGACUCUUGCGCUUCAGUUGUCCUGCAAGUGACAGAAAACCUGAAAGAGUCUCUUUUUCCUCAACAGCUAAGGCAGAAAGUGCAAGAGCAGGCCCAGCUGGUCCUCUUGAACUGUGCCACUCCAGAUUCUGUAGUCCGUCUCAGUGACUCUAAACUGGACUUUUUAAGAGAAAACUUGGCUAAGAUAUACUUUCAACAACAGCAACACACUUCCUUUGCCGAAUUUUUGCAUGGAUGCCUUCGGUCAGACUCUAGAGACCAUACAGUGUUUAUUGAGAUCACAACCUUCUCCAGGCUCCUGACUGCAGCAGACACAAAGAUUUUGGAGGCAGAAUUGCAGCAUGAUUCAGACAGCCUGAAAGUUUUGUUUUUGCAACAAUUUGACACGGAGUACUCGUUUUUGAAGGAUAUUCAGAAUUUUUUUGCUGUGAGGACCGAUGGGAGUAAAAUCCUCAUUAUUCAGACUGACUUUGAAAAUGGAUCGCUCAGUGCCCAGCUCAUUGCCUCAGCCAGGUAUUCAACUGUUAAUGAAGUCAACAAAAUACAGAAGAAUCAAGCUAGGGUGUUUGUAAUUUUCAUCAAUAAGCUGUCACGAAUUGAAGGAGGACGUUCCUAUAUAGGAUUUCAUGGAGGGCUGUGGCAGUCUGUGCAUAUUGAUGAUCUAAGAACCUGCAAGGACAUGGUCUCGGAUAUAACAUCCCUCCGAAGCAUCGCCGUCAGCCAGCUGUUUUCUGAAAAUAUGGGAGAGUCUGCAGAGAAUCCUGAAACUGCAGGGACAGAGGAAGAAGAAGAAAUACAGCAGGAGAUGGAAGUGGAGGCAUCACCUAUAUCCAAACCAGAAAUACUU